AUGUUGUAUCCUCGAAAGAUGGUGGAAUUUUCUGCACACGGGUUUGGGUGGGAUUUUCCCACAUUAGCUCCCUCUUUCGUUUUUGUCAGAAAUGUGCAGAGUCAGUCGCUCAGAAUUUGCAGGCAUCGCUUGCAAUUCGCACGCAUUGCUUGUACCCAGCAGAUGUUUUCGAGCCAUGUUGCUGGUCCCCUGCCAAUGCGCUGCGCACUUGUGCCACAUGAUGCAUGGCCAAGCACACCUCCAGAAAGGCGUGUUCAGAGCACAGCUCCAUCCAGGAAGACUCGCGUGUGUGGCAACUGCCGUCCUCACUGGUGGGUCUUCACCGGCCUUGCUUGUUGGAAGCGGAGUCGGGUGCGCUCGGCUCGACUCCGCAGGAGCGUCUCUGAUUUUGAAGGCUUCCCCCAUUCCUUGGACUAUGGCCUCUACUUCUUUGGUGCUGGAAACGUGUGUGAGAAGUACCGACCGGGUGAGCCGAACGCGUACUUUCUGGACGACCGCGAUGUGUUGAUCUACGUCCAUGGCUGGGAGGUGGAUCGUCUCCGGCAGAAGUAUCGUGAGACCUUCCACUGGAAAAGCAACGAGCCGCGCUUCGGCCUCGACUUUGACCUGGCUCUGCCGUGGCUUACACGUCGGUGGAAUGUGGGCAUUUUUUAUUGGGACAUGUUCUCGGAUGAGGAUUGGCUGCCUGACGCUGAAGCCAAGAUUUGGACUGCUGAGGGGCCCAGGGGGCUCCCAAGGUCGUCGAUGCGCAUGCGCUAUCGCACAGCCUCGGGCGAUUUCAAGGCCUCCUCGAUCUCGCAGAGCUGUGCUGAUCUUUUGGCUUCGCAGCUGCAGCAGCUGCCGCUGAAAUCGUCGAGAAAGCUGCGCUUGGCAGGGCACUCUUUGGGGUCUCCCUUAGUCAUCGCCGCGGCAGCCCAAGCCUUUGCCGCGGGGUCCGCCGCGGGGUCCCUGCGAAUCGCCUUGUUGGAUCCCUACUGGUCCCGGCGAGUGCCUUUGGUGAAUCCUCAGAGCUACAUGCGAAGACCAGCGACGAGGACGACGGCGCAAGAGAGUUUGGACCUGGCCAUGCUUCUGGCUGAGCAGGAUGUACCGUUUGAAAUCUACUACUCCUGCCCCAUGAUGACCCAGCUACCGCUGGUUGCUGAUGACCUGCCAGCGCGCCGCUUGGUCUCUGCUCGGCGCGCGGCCGUUGUACACUACGAUGCCAGUUACCAGGGCCUUGACUUUGAGGCACAACACUUGCUGGCGCCCAAUCUCUACCUUCACAGCAUGAAGAUGCGCCACAUCUAUCUCUUUCGCGUCUUGCGCCUUUGCCUGGCUCUCCUUGCAGUGAAAGUCUGCUGGAUGCCCUACGAUGGUUGGCGCAUCGCUUUCGCUUUUCUUCCGCCGCGACACUGGCCCACGAUGCUUGCGGCGGCGCCUGGACCAGCACCGAAGGUGCGUGUAGGGCCGUCGGUGCUGGCAGGAGAUUUGUCCAUGCUGGCCAAAGAGACACGGCGCGUGCUGCGCGCCGGGGCAGACUUCGUGCACUUAGACGUCUUUGAUGGAAAUUGGGUGAAGGGUGCCUUUACGUUUGGCCCUAUGGUGGUGAAAGCGCUGAGGGCACAUGAGCCAAGUGCUUAUUUGGACGUGCACCUCUGCGUGACCCAGCCUGCUCAGUAUCUUGAAGAGUUGGCCAAAGCAGGCGCCAGCCGAGUGUUGCUGCACUUUGAAGCUUUGGGCUCGGUGCACGUGGCCAAGGCCGCUGCGCAGCUGGCACACCAGCUGGGCCUGGAGGUGGGCCUGGCGCUGGCCCCUCAGACCAGUGUGAGUCGAGAGGUGCUGGAGGCAGCCGAAGGCUUUGAUGUGGUCUUGUGCAUGACGGUGCCACCCGGCUUCGGGGGUCAAGCCUUCAUGCCAGAGGUGUUACCCAAGUUGCGAGAGCUUCGUGAGACCUUCCCGGGCAAAUCCCUGGAGGUGGACGGCGGUGUGACGGUGCGCACCGCCGCUCUGGCGGCGGCCGCCGGGGCCAACGAGGCCGUGGCUGGGUCGGCGGUCUUCGGGGCGAAGGACUUGCGGAAGAGCAUCAGGCGGGGCCUCGACGGUCGACUGGCUGGAGCGGGAGCGGGAGCGGGAGAGAUCUGGCGGAAGGGGUGGAAGAGAUCUGGCAAGAUGGAUGUGUUGAAGCAGCUUCGGAGGAGUGGACGAUGUUGUAUUGCACUUUUUUUUGGGGGGGGGAAUCCAUUUUGGCUUUCCGUCUGA